AUGAAUAAAUCCCUGGCCCUCCUGGUAAGGGGGUUGUGCGCUGGGCUAGCUACUCAGCCACGGAAAGAAACUUAUGCUACAGAAACAGAAACAAGGGAAAAUCAAUUAGUUCGGUGUAGACAGAUGGAAACCUCUGCAGGAAUGCAGCCUAUGACGAGCGACAAGACUCCGAGAAACUCUAUUCUGUCUCCUAAACAAACGUUAAAAUUUGGUUGUUGGAAUGUUAGAACUAUGAACGAAACAAGCAGAACUGAUCAAACAAUUAAGGAAAUGAAGAGAUUCAAGCUUGACAUACUGGGUGUUAGUGAAUGCAGAUGGACUGAUUCAGGAAAAUUUAAACAUAAUUCAGGUACAGACAUUUAUUAUUCAGGACGUACAGAUGGUAGACACCAGGAAGGAGUAGCUAUUCUAUUGAGUAAGAGAGCAAGCAAGUCUGUUGUAGAAUGGAUAGCAAUAAAUGAAAGAAUAAUAAAAAUACGAAUGAAGACCAGUUAUGGACACAUGACCGUUAUCCAAUGCUAUGCCCCAACAAAUGAUUAUACAGAUAAUGAGAAAGAGAUUUUUUAUGAUAAAUUAAAUCAGAUCAUAAUGGAUACACCAAAGCAUGAUGUACUUACCAUCAUUGGAGAUUUUAAUGCAAAAGUAGGUUCAACUAACAUAGGUUCAGAAGAAGUGAUGGGAAAACAUGGGCUUGGAGAAAUUAACAACAAUGGUGAAAGAUUAGUGGAGAUGUGUACUAUGAACAAUCUGAUAAUUGGGGGAACAAUCUUUGAACAUAAAAACAUACAUAAAGCCACAUGGGUGUCUCCAAAUGGGAAAGUGAAAAACCAGAUCGAUCACAUACUGAUUAAUAAGAAAUGGAGGUCAUCAUUAUUAGAUGUGAAAGUGAAAAGAGGUGCAGAUGUAUACAGCGAUCAUCACCUAGUCAUUGGAAAGAUCAAACUAAAAUUAAGAAAAAAUAAAUGCAAAACACCAAGCAAGAUCAUAGACUUUGGAAAACUUAAACAACCUGAAAUACAACAAAACUUCAAUAUAGAACUGAAGAACAGAUUGAGGUAUUACAACUUGAAGAAAAUGAGAUUGACAUAA